AUGGAGCUCAACAAGGUGCUGUACAUGUACGCCGCCACCGUGGCCCUGCUGCUCUGCUCCGCGGUGAACUUCAUCCAGAGCCCCUCCGACGUGUUCGGCCCCGUGGCGCUCCUGGAGCCGACACCCUCCGCGGCGCGCGGCUUCGGCGCCGUGGUCUCCGAGGCGCCCAUCGCGGUCAUGCAGCCCGGGUCCCCCGCCGACAUCGCGCGGCUCCUGGGCGCGCUGUCGUCGUCCUCGGCUGGGGCGAGGGCGGCCGUGGCGGCGCGCGGCGCGGGGCACUCGCUCCACGGGCAGGCCCAGGCGCGCGCCUCGUGGAGGUGGUGCGGCGCGGGGACGGGGACGCGCACAGGGGAGGUGGUGACAUGCUCACCCACCCAGAGCCCGGAGCUUUUCUUCGCCGUUCUUGGUGAGAUGGGUGAGGGCCUGCUACGACAGCUUCGAGACGUUCACCAAGGACCAGGAGCUCCUGGUCAAUGUCGGAGCUGGUGGACUACGUGGAGGGCUUCAUGGUCCUGA